CCGCACCAGAGCAGGUCACAGGGUGACCCUCAAAUCCCAGGCGUUAGUGCCCCCAGCACCUGCAGAGGUCAGCGGGAAAAGUGAUCCCCAGGCGCUGAAGGGAGUGUGGAGAGUGAACCGACGCCUGGCUUAGAGCCAGGCCGGGCUCCAGGAUAGGAAGAUGAACAAGAAGUCGGUGUGGAAAGCAGAAGCUGAGACCUGACCCACCGCAGUCCACGGGGAUUGCUCAGGGCCUUAUUAAAAAGGCAGUGACUUGGUUUUGUUUUGUUUUCUUUUUUUUUUUUUCUCUCUCUCUGUAGUUUCCGAUUCAGGCUCUAUGCUGGGCCUUGUUGAGGAUCCAGUUGAGAUCUGGCCUCAGCUCUGGUGCAGGGAUAAGCCUCCUGGGUGAAGUGCAGCCAGCUUUCCCUGCCUGCCUCUCUGGAGUUACUGAGUGCUGUGCUGCCAUGGCCCGGAGAACUCUUGACAUCAGAUUCUGACUUGGCUUAUCUCAUCCAUUCUCCAUCUAGACUGGGGAUGGGAUGGGAAGGGCAUAUCUUCUGGCUUGGACCAUGGUGAAGUGACUGAGUGGCAGCCACGGGGAGGAUUCCUCACUAAGAGCUCUGUAGCUGGGAUCCUUCAGCUUCCUAAGUUCUGUGGCUGUAGAUAAGAAGCACCACUCUGUUCCCAUGAGGACACAGUGGAGGUGAUAACAGCAUUCUCUUCAUUGCGAGGCUUGUCAUACUUUCCUUUCAGGCAGAAGUUACUCAAAAGGUCUCUGAAGCCAGUGUUCCUGAGUCCCAGUCUUGGCUCUUUUACAGUUCUGUGACCUUGGAUGUGUCACUUCCCCUUUCCCAGGCUGUUUCCUCCCCAGUCUCCUGAAGUGGAGAACAUUGUCACAGUUCCCUGAAUAAGCCUAGUCUAUCACGACUAAUCCCAACACAUUGAAUUGCUCUGGUGGGGACACCCCAUAGGUUGGAGAAAAAUUCCCAAGGUUUCCAUGGGCCAGGCCUGCUGGUGGGUGACACUGGUCAACCUGACAGGGAUCUUGUAGUCCCUUUUUGGAAUUGUUCAGGCCAAGGGGGAGAUACACCAGAGUGGCCGUGGGAGUUCUGGGGGCCUACAUGGAAAGGAUGCCGUGAUCUCAGUGCAGGGGCAGUGGCAUUAGCAUUGGUGGGUCUUGGACAAGGGGUCCCUGGGACUUAUGGGAGAUGGCAGGAUGCAUAGCUCAAGGCCAUCAACAACUAUGUAGUCACUGAUGGGCACCCAUAGCUCUUGGGGGUGGGGUGCCCAGAUACACUUCACAGGCUUUCCACAUCCAUAUUGGCAUCCUCUGACUAACUAGGGCUGCACCCGGUUUUGGGCCUCCAUAUUGAGGAGAGACUGCAGAUUGGAUGACGUACUCUGAGAGCUUGGCAGGCACCUGGUACUAAGUUCUUUGAGGCCCUGGGACAGAGGUGGUCACCUUGGUUUUGGCAAGAUAGGACAGAUGCUUGCGCUGGUAUUCAUGAGGCCUAGGCCCUAAAGUAGCUUCAGAAUAUAGUCUGUGGGAGCCCAGAACUGGCCUCUGAUUGUAGUGCCAUCCCUUCCAUUGGAACAGUUCUUUUGGGCAAGGCUGGAUCUGGGAUCACAGGCCUAUUCUUAGGUGCUAGCCAUUGGGUUGGGGUUCCUGGUUCCCCAUUCUGUGGGUAAACUGUCAGGAAGACUCCUGCAUACAGUGCUGCUGGCUGGAAGACUCUUGAGACCUAGUCUCUUCUUAUAGGGGACCUACAGCAUAGUUGGAUGAGCAGAGGUGACUUCUGCUGGUGGCUGGGAUGGGUGAUGAGACUUGAGAUUUAUGUCAACUGUGGUGGAGGCCUCACUAGCCAGCAGAGUGGGUAGGAAGCUGAGCUGUCAUGGUCCUUGUACCAGUGGCCCUGAGGUGGAGUGUAGAGAGCUGUAGAAUUAUCCAGGUUGCUGGUGCCUCUGCUUUUCCUCUUCUGCCUUGGCCUCUUGGCCUCUCCUUUUGUGCUCCCAGAACAGUGGCUUCUCUGCUGUGCCCAAUGGGGAGUUCUGUCUAGCUCUGUACAGGAGUGCCUGCCCUGAAGUGGAUAAUGCUGGGGACUAGACAUCAGAUAAAAUCUCAGCCUCAGGGUCAGGCUGCUCAAAGUAUUGCUUUGGGGCUCUGUGCAGGGUCAGUUGGUCAGGGCUGAAUAUAGUUCCUGUCCUCCUUUUGAGGACUCAGUCUGCUGGACAUUCCCUGUGAGGUUUGGGGGUGGGAAACCCAAAGGAGGAACUUUAGGGUUAAGAUAGGAAUCUCUCCCAGAGGACGGAGGACUCAGCCACAGGAUCAAACAUUAAUUGGGAGCAGUGCCAGUGUCCUGAGAGGAAGUCUGGCCGACCCAGAUUUGACCUGGAGUUUCGCUCUGUGGCUGUAUAACAUUGUAUUAGCCACACAGUUGUCUAGAUUGUGGCCUUCUCAUCUCUGAAACAGGUACAACGGUUAUGCUGUGCAAUAAAUGCUUCCUUGCCUUGUCUGUUGGCAUAAAGUGCCUACAGGUUUCUUGUUCAAACCUGGGCAUGUGUCAUGAUUUACUACUGGCACAGGGUGAGAUGAGGCACCUUGCCUCAGUCACAUGGUUGGUCAGCGGUGGGGUAGGUUCUGACCGUGGCAGCUUGCCUGUAGAGAUUUUCCUCUGGCCUCUCCCUGGCAGUUCAGGGGAUCAGGAUCCAAGCUUAUGCGCUUACAGCACCAUGUACCGCAGGGCUUGGGGUUUAAUCUGCACUUGGUGAAUGUGAUCUGUUACUGUUGGCUAAGGAGGACAGUUGCAGCAGACAGAAAGGAGCAGUUGCGAAGGCUUCCCAGGGGAGGAACUGUUGAUGCUGGGCCUUGGCACUUGGGCAUGCUACCUCAGCAGAUCUAGAAAGGCGUAAGGCCAGGUGGUAUCUGCACACCUAGAAAACAGCCCGGCCCAGAGUGUGGGUCUGAGGUGGCUCAUGAGUUUUUUGUCUGUCUGUAAUGCAAGAUGUAGUUUUUAGAGAGUUUUAGGUUCACAGAAAAGUUGAGCAAGAGGCACAGUUCCGUUAUGCCCCUCCCACCAAUCCCAGGUUCCCCACUGUUGGUAUCCCACUCCACCCCCAUCCUGGGUUAGCUUGCUGUUAUCGAUAAACCUGUGCAGACCUUGUGAUCCAUCGCCCAGCAUGCACAGUGGAUUCCUGAAGAGGGUUUGCUUUUGGCAGUUUGCAUUUACAUGCCAGUGGUUAAGAGUCAGGUGCUCAGGAGUGACCCUGAAGAUCUGCAGAUACACUGAGGCUGUGGGCUAAUGCUGCAGAUCCAUGGCUGACAUGGCUGUGCUUGGCCAGGGAGGAGCAGGGUGCCCCUCAGGGAUUGCUCCAGCUGAGUGCGAGGUGUGUCACAGGUUUACAGUGGACUAAGAACCUAGACAGCUCUCCUGAGGUAGGUGAGGCCAAGGUCUGUCUCUAUUCUGACCAUAUUGAUCAUCAGGUUGACAGUGUCCAUGCUCUCCUGAAGAGAGUAGAGCCCACAGGAAGUGGAUGUACUAGACCAGUUAGGAGGCAAAGGCAUCUCAUCAGCUAAAACACUGGAGGGGAGACCGUGAGGCCCAGGAAGUUCUGCCUGGCUCCAUGCCUUGUUUAAAUAUACCCUCAGAUCCGGAUGAGGUGCAGACGAUGUUCUCAGAUUGUGACUACCAAAACUGACUGGAUGAGAUGGAGUAGUCCCCAACGGCUCACCCCUGAAGGACAAGUGUAAGAGCCCAGUGGCGGCAAACAGUGGGAUUCAUCCCUUGGAUGCUUAGGCCUCGUCCUAGGGCUGAGGAGAUGAGGGCUUAGCUUUGGUCUGGUGUUGGAUGCAGGGCUUGGUUAGAGAGGAAGCUGAAGAACCUGGAGUGAGGGGACAGGCACAGACAAGGGAGGCCGGAAGGGAUCUGCUAGGGAAAGCAGAGAGGUUGCUGUAUGGAGCACUCUAGUGAAGGACAGACAGCAGGGCAUUGGGCUGAUGGCCAUCUGCAGCAUAUUCUGGAAUGAUGGGUACCUGGCACACUUAGUGACUGCCCUCGGGGAGCGCAGAAGGAAAUAGAGAGAAAAUCAGAGAUAAUGACAAAGCUGGCAUGUGAUGCAAGGCGGGGCCUGGGCACAGGAGGAGGAGGAGACACUUGAGUCAGCCCUUGGGAGGGGAGGAGGAGUAGGCAGCUGGAAGAUCUGGGCCAGGGUUCUCCAGAUGGCCCCAGUGCGGGUAGACAGUGAGAUGGGGGCUCUGGAAGAAGUGGGAGUUUGCAGGGCCUAGGCCAGACCAGGGUCCUGGGGGUCUGGGGCGAAAGUCGGUUUUGUGGCUAGUGCAGUGGGUCUGUGAUGGGGCUGUUUUAGGCAGGGUAAUGUUUCUUGCCCGUGGCAGUUUUCCUAAAUUAGGGGAUCCUUUCCAUAAGGUACAAUUUGCCCACUGAAAGCAUACCGUUUGCUGGCUUUCAGCAUGGUCACUGCUUUGUGUGUGCAUCACCACAAGAGAUUUUGGAAAAUUUCCUUGUUACAAAAAGAGGCUAACUCCUCGUGGUGACCCUCCACUAUAAAGUUAUUUUCAUUGCUACUUCAUAACUGUAAUUUUGCUGCUGUUGUGCAUAGUAAAUAUCUGAUAUGCAGCCCAGUGAAAGGGUCACUCGUCCCCCACAGGGUCACAGCGCACAAGUUGAGAACUGCUGUUCUAUGGGUUUGCUUAUUUUAAGUGUCUUAUGUGGAGUUGAGCAGAAUGUGCUUUCCAGAAUUUGACUUGCUUUACAAGCAGAAAGCCUUCGAGGUUCAACUUUGUGUGUGUGUGUGUGUGUCAGUGCCUCACUUCUGCUGUGGCUGAGUGCCAUGCUUCUCCUGAUGGCAUUUUGUAUUGCCUCUUUUUGUUUUUUGUUUUUUCGAAACAGGAUUUCUCUGUGUAGCCCUGGCUGUCUUGGAACUAGCUCUGUAGACCAGGCUGGCCUUGAACUCAUAGAGAUAGAGGGGUCUGCCUCCCUCUGCUUCUGAGUGCUGGGAUUAAAGGUGUGCGCCACCACUGCCUGGCUGUAUUGGCUUUUUGGCUUUUGUGAUUAUAUUCCCUGAGCAUUCACAUCUAGAUUUUCAUGUGGCAGGAAUUUUUCCCAUGCGCUGCUCUAGGGUGUAGACUGUAGUGGAAUUGCUGGGUGGAUGGAGAUUAUUUGCCUGACCUUGAAGGACUGCCAGGUGUUUUCUGAAGCAGGUGCACCGCCUUGCCCUCUCACCAGCACUUUCAUGACAGUGACCUGCAGUGUGAAGUGGAGCCUCUUUGUGGCUGUGCUUGAAUUUCCCCAGGGCAAGCUUCGUUUCAUGUGCCCACUGGCCAUCUGGAUAUCCUCUUUGGAGAAAGGGACCCAGACAUGGAGCUGCGGGAAGAAGCUUGGUCUCCGGGGCCGCUGGAUUCUGAGGACCAGCAGAUGGCCAGCCAUGAGAACCCAGUGGACAUCCUCAUCAUGGAUGACGACGACGUCCCCAGCUGGCCCCCGACCAAGCUGUCCCCACCCCAGUCCGCGCCUCCACCUGGGCCCCCUCCCCGGCCACGGCCGCCUGCACCUUACAUCUGCAACGAGUGCGGCAAGAGCUUCAGCCACUGGUCGAAGCUGACGCGGCAUCAGCGCACGCACACAGGCGAGCGGCCCAACGCUUGUAGCGACUGCGGCAAGACCUUCUCGCAGAGCUCGCACCUGGUGCAGCAUCGGCGCAUCCACACGGGCGAGAAGCCAUACGCCUGCUCCGAGUGCGGCAAGCGCUUCAGCUGGAGCUCCAACCUCAUGCAGCACCAGCGCAUCCACACGGGCGAGAAGCCCUACACCUGCCCCGACUGCGGCCGCAGCUUCACACAGAGCAAGAGCCUGGCCAAACACCGGCGCUCGCACAGUGGCCUCAAGCCCUUCGUGUGCCCGCGCUGCGGCCGCGGCUUCAGCCAGCCCAAGAGCCUGGCGCGCCACCUGCGGCUGCACCCAGAGCUGUCAGGCCCCGGUGUGGCGGCCAAGGUGCUAGCGGCCAGCGUGCGGCGUGCCAAGGCGCCCGAGGAGGCGGCAGCGGUGGACGGCGAGAUCGCCAUCCCCAUGGGUGACGGCGAGGGCAUCAUUGUGGUGGGCGCACCGGGGGACGGUGCCGCGGCAGCUGCAGCCCUGGCGGGGACAGGGCAGCGGGCAGCGGGGCCACGGUCUCGGAGGGCGCCGGCGCCCAAGCCGUACGUGUGCAUGGAGUGCGGGAAGGGCUUUGGGCACGGGGCCGGGCUGCUGGCCCACCAGUGCGCGCAGCACGGGGACGGGCUGGGGGCAGCGGGUGGCGAAGAGCCCGCACACAUCUGCGUGGAGUGUGGCGAGGGCUUCGUGCAGGGCGCUGCGCUGCGGAGACACAAGAAGAUCCACGUGGUUGGGGCGCCGUCGGUCUGCAGCAGCUGCGGACAGAGUUUCUAUCGGGCAGGCGGGGAGGACGACGGCGAGGACCAGUCGGCCGGUGCGCGGUGUGCCGAGUGUCGCGGUGGGGAGGCCCGGUAGGGACGGGGGUGCCCGAGGGGUGGGCAGGGCCCCUCGGGCUCAGUGGGGACUAUCAGCGAGCAAGACCACGAGGCCCAGGGAGAACCGGACCGAGAGGAGCAGUGGCCUCCCUCCUUCCUCGGCCCACACUGUCCUGGGUGUGAGGGGGACCCUCGGCCAGCAGGACAGGUUCUCAGGACUGCUCACAGCCUCUCUGCUGACCCGCACCGGCCCUGUGUAGGUUUCCCAGCCUGGGAGCCAGAGACAGUGUGUGAGAGAACUGUGUAGAUCAAUCGGCACAAGACCCUCAGUGGAGAGGCCAUCCCCCACCGCAGGUGUGGGGCCACGGUGUCCUAAGGAAUGGAAGGAAUCCUGGCCUUGUGCACCAAGAGGGUCUUCCUUCCCUUCUAGAAUUUUCUUUUAAUCAUACCUUUUUGACCUCUCCCGUUCAUUAAUUUUUCUGCCCCGUGGGUCCUUGUCGAUUUCCUAGCCCAAGUCGUCCCUCUCCCUCCUGGAUUUGCAGUAGCAGAGGAGUGAAGAAGUAGCAGCCUGCUCCCAGCACGGUCUCAUUGAGAGGACGGACGGGGUCCUGUGUGCUCCCUGUCCUGACGGUGGAAGAAGGGAUGUGGGAGCAAUAAAUGGCACUAUUCAAUUGUC